AUGGCUACCCACGAGUUGUCGUCGAGCAGCACCGAAGCAGCAGUGACUGAUGAUGUCCUCAACCUCGAGAGCUUUGGCUAUAAGCAGGAGCUCAAAAGAGACUUCUCGCUCUUCGGAAUGGUCGGCUUCGCCUUUUCAGUCUUGACAUGCUGGACGGCACUGGGAGGUUCUCUAGUGGCCGCCAUUGAAGCAGGAGGCCCGCCGGUCAUCAUCUACAGCUGGAUUGGAGUUUCAUUCUUCUCCCUCUUUGUGGCCUACUCAUUCGCGGAGAUCUGCAGUGCCUUCCCCGUGGCUGGCGGGCAAUACUCGUGGGUUGCAAUCUUGACGCCUCCGAAAUGGGCGAGACUCACCUCCUACUUGUGUGGCUGGUUUAUUGUCAUUGGUUUCUUGUCUGCAGGAGCUGCAAAUGGCUUCAUCGGCGCCAGCUUCGUGCUCGGAAUGGCACAGAUUGCACAUCCAGACUUCGUUAUUGAGAGAUGGCACACCUGCCUUGUUUGCUAUCUCGUUCUGAUCCUCGCUGCGGCAGUCAAUGUCUGGGGUCGGCAUCUACUCAACAAGAUGGGCAAGAUCAUGAUAACCUUCAAUCUGCUCUCCUUCAUCGUCGUUAUCAUUGUCAUUUUGGCGAAGGAUCAGCAUAAAGCGAGCGCUGCGUUCGUCUUCAAAGACUUCAACAACAACACUGGCUUCGGCCGUUCUUACGCAAGCUUGCUGGGAAUCCUCCAGGCGGCGUUUGGAAUGACAGGAUACGACGCAACCGCGCAUAUGACGGAGGAGAUGCGCAAUGCUAGACAUGAUGCUCCAAAAGCCAUCAUCUGGUCCGUCUGGAUUGGUGCAUUCACGGGUUUCGCCUUCCUCAUUGCAUCCUUCUUCUGCAUCCGCAAUCUCGCCGCGAUCGAGACGUCCUCGACUGGUGUGCCUCUGAUCGCCAUAUUCUACGAAGCUACCGGGAGUGUUGGAGGCGCUAUUGGCCUUACCACCCUCAUCACCAUUAUCGCCUUGGUCAGCUUGUGCUUCCUCAUGGCGCAGAGUUCGAGGGUUGUGUUCUCUUUCGCUCGCGACCAUGGGCUGCCUUUUUCCGGAACCAUCAGCAAGGUUCAUCCUACGCUCCAUGUACCCGUCUACAGCAUCUUGACCGUUCUUGUUGUCAACAUGGCUCUGAUGGCGAUAUACUUCGGAUCGGUAACUGGAUUCAACACCGUGCUUGGGAUCUCAACGGAAGGCUUCUAUCUUUCUUAUAUCAUGCCACUCCUCGUUCGCAUUUGGGGACGACUGGAAGGUCGAGAAGGAAUCGACAGCGCCUACUCUCUCGGUCGCUUCGGUAUGUUCUUUAAUGUCAUUGGCAUUCUUUACCUGGCUUUCGCCGCUAUCGUCUUCAACUUCCCCUCCGUCAGCCCUGUCCACGCCAACAACAUGAACUACACUUCGGCCGCCGUCGGCGUGUGUGGUCUGAUUGCUGCCAUUACAUGGAUGACGACGGGACGCACUCGUUUCACGGGUCCUCAACGAGGUGGGAUCUUGGAUGGCCGAGUACCAAGGCAUGACGAAGACAUCCAUCACGUCAAACCUGCUCCUAGCCCCAAAGGCCUCGAAGAUUGA